AUGACGGAGAGUGAGUGGGUGGGGGGCAGUAGCAGCAGUAGCAGCAGUAGCAGUAGCAGUAGCAGUAGCAGUAGCAGUAGCAGUAGCAGUAGCAGUAGCAGUAGCAGUAGCAGUAGCAGUAGCAGUAGCAGUAGCAGUAGCAGUAGUGACAGAUGGGGAUCAAGUAGGUAA